CGGCUCUCCGUAGCUACCGUGAGAGGCGUUAACUGUUGUGGUAGAAAUGAUCCUUUUACUAGCGACAGCUGCCUGAGACACAGUUUAGCUUUAAUUUCUUAUCUGGAUAACAUCGGCUAGCUUCACAAGAGGCGCGUUUAAAGGGAAGGAAGAGCAGUGUUAGGUGUCCAGGUGUUUGGUGUCCAGGUGUUAGGUGUCUCCAGUGAGACAGGAUGAGCUCUAAAGGAGGCGGCACUGCUCUGACCCGCCGCAGCUACAGACUGGCGUCGGACACAGACAAACCCAAAGCCACAGGUAUAGUGAACGAGAAGCUGCUGAGCGACUACCUGUACCACGUCUUUCCUUCCACCAAACAGGGACCUGCACUGGCCUCCCUCAGGAAGCCUCUUGGUUUCCAGGAUCUUGGUGCUCACCUGGAGAGACUUCUGUCUGAGGGAGAACCCGCUGAGGACAUCAGAGAUCAGGCUGUUGAAGGCCGUCUGGGUCCUCAGCCCGUCGUCCUCGAUCACACCAGCGGAUUCGAAGGACUUCUGUUUGUAGAUGAUGAUCUGCUCGGGGUCAUCGGCCACAGCAACUUCAGCUCCAUCAGAGCCACCACAUGUGUUUAUAAAGGGAAAUGGGCCUACGAGGUUCUGAUCUCCUCUCAGGGUCUGAUGCAGAUCGGCUGGUGCACUCUCAACUGUCGCUUCAACCAGGAGGAGGGUGUCGGCGACACUCCCGACUCGUACGCUUACGAUGGAAACCGAGUGAGGAAGUGGAACGUGACGACCACGAACUACGGAAAGUCGUGGGCGGCCGGAGACAUCGUCAGCUGUCUGAUUGACCUGGACGAAGGAACCAUCACCUUCUGUCUGAACGGCCAGUCUCUGGGAACAGCGUUCACCAACAUUAAGAUGGGUCCAGGUGUCGCUUACUUUCCCGCCAUCAGCCUCUCCUUUAAAGAGUCGGUGGCUUUCAACUUUGGCAGCAGACCUCUCAGGUACCCUGUCGACGGCUACGUGCCCCUCCAGAACCCCCCCACUGCAGACCUGAUGAAGGCUCAAAAACUGCUGAGCUACAUGAAGAACGUCCUCUCCACCGUCAUCGAUGCUCAGGACGAGCGGUUGGUGGAGAAGGACUGUGCAGCGUGGAGACUUCACGGAGAACCGACGGUCCUCAUCGCUCUGGCUCACAUAUUCAACCACUUUGCUCCACUCAUGUGUAAAGUGUAUCUGGUGGAGGACGUGCUGAUGAACUUCCUGUUGGGGAUCCUGGAGGGAGGGGGGUCAGUAGAUGAACACCCGCUCAUACAGCAGCUGCUGGAUCUGUUCUGGCUGCUCAUGGAGGAUUAUGAAGUGAACGAGUGUCUGAAGCAGCUGAUGAUGUCUCUGCUGAGAGCGUACCGCUUCUCUCCCAUCAUCCCCGACCUCGGCUUCCAGAUCCACUACCUGCGUCUGACCACGGCCAUCCUGCACCACGAGAAGUCCAGGAAGUACCUGCUCAACAACGUCUUGUUUGACGUUCUGCGCUCCGUAGUGUUUUUCUACAUCAAGACUCCUCUGAGGGUGAAAGAGGCGGGGCUCGAGGAACUGAUCCCCACCACCUGGUGGCCCACACACUUCGACAAGGAGGGGAAAGACGAGCGAGAGCCUAAAGAUGAAAGUGCAGAUGAGCGUCUGAGACGGAGAGCGUACGAGAGAGGUUGCCAGAGACUGAAGAAGAGGAUAGAAGUGGUGGAAGAGUUGCAGGUUCAGAUCCUCAAGUUGCUGCUCAACAACAAGGACAAAACUACGGGAGAAGCCUCGCGUUACAUUUUCCUCAAUAAGUUCAGGAAGUUCCUCCAAGAAAAUGCCAGCAACAGAGGGCACCCCACAGCCCUGUGUCCCCCUGAGUACAUGGUGUGCUUCCUGCACCGCCUCAUCACGGCGGUGAGGGCGAGCUGGGACGACGGCAGCCGGAAGAGUCCGAGCAGCGUCAGCAGUGAAGAGGCGUACGUCCCUCCCCAGCUCUUCUACAACGGGAAGGUGGACUACUUUGACCUGCAGAGACUGGGGGGGCUGCUGUCCCACCUGAAGAAAACACUUAAAGAUGACUUGGCGAGUAAAGCGAACAUCAUCAUCGACCCGGCGGAGAUCCAGAACGCUUCGAUGGACGACCUGGACGAAGACGAGGAGAGCGGCGCUGCUCAGCGGCCAUUUGGCGCGGCGGCGAUGGGCGGAGCCUUGGCACGGCCGAGCUGGCUGAGUUCUCCGACUCUGGGCCGAGCCAACCGCUUCCUGAGCACGGCCGCUGUCAGCCUCAUGACCCCCCGCCGGCCCCCCACCCAGCCAGAGAAAGUCAAGGUCCGCACGCUCGCCGUGGAGCACCGCACCGAGGACGACAUCGAGGGUAGCCAUGGUAACGACGGCCUGUUGCUGGGGCGACCGCCGGAGGAGCCCGAGCAGCCAAUGGCAGACAAGUCUCUGCUGGAGAUCGUUGACGGCAUCGUGAUGAUGUACAACCUGAGUGUCCAUCAGCAGCUGGGAAAGAUGGUGGUGGUUGCAGACGAUGUCCACGAAUACGCCGUCGCUCUGAAGGACACCGAGGAGAAGAUCGCUCGCUGUCCCCCACGGAGAGCAGACAUCCUGGACGAGCUGCAGAAAAGCCAGAAGGUGUUUGCAGAGAAACUGAACCAUCUCAGCAGGAGACUGGCCUGGAUCAACGCCACCAUCUACUCCAAGGAGAAGAUGCUGGAUGUGUACUGGCUACUGUGUGUCUGUAUUCGGACCAUUGAACACGCCGACAGCACCGGCUCUCUGUUCGCCUUCGCUCCGGAGUUUUACCUCAACGUGGCGAUGAACGCGUACAGCGCUCUGAAGAACUACUUCAGCCCUGCCAACAGCAUGGAGGAGCUGCCAGGCUACGAAGAAACUCUGACCCAACUGGCUGCUAUCCUCGCCAAGCACUUUGCUGAUCCACGGAUAGUAGGAACAGAUAUCAAAGACUCUCUGAUGCAAGCCCUUGCCAGCUACGUCUGUUACCCACAAUCCCUCAGGGCAGUGGAGAGGAUCCCGGAGGAACAACGUGUGGCGAUGAUGAGGAACCUGCUGGCUCCGUACGAACAGAGACCCUGGGCCCAGACCAACUGGAUCCUCGUCAGACUGUGGAGGGGCUGUGGUUUUGGCUACAGAUACACUCGUCUUCCUCACCUGCUGAAAACCAAACCAGAGGACGCCAACCUGCCCAGUCUGCAGAGAGAUCUGUCCAUUGCUAGUUUCCAAAAGCCGUGUCCGUCCCUGCUGCUGCAGAGACACAUGGCGGAGCUGCUGAGCGUGGAUAAAGACAUGGCUGCCUCGUUCCUCAACAGCGUCCUGAACCAACUGAACUGGGCUUUCUCCGAGUUCAUCGGCAUGAUCCAGGAGAUCCAGCAGGCUGCAGAGCGUCCCGAGAGGAACUUUGUGGACACUCGUCAGCUGAAGGUGUGUGCGACGUGCUUCGACCUGUCCGUCAGUCUGCUGAGGGUUCUGGAGAUGACGGUGACUCUGGUUCCUGAGAUCUUCCUGGACUGGACCCGUCCGUCUGCAGAGCUGCUCCUCCGACGCCUCGCUCAGCUGUUGAACCAGGUGUUGAACAGAGUGACGGCAGAGAAGAACCUGUUUGAUCGAGUCGUCAACCUCAGACUGCCAGGUCUGGAGAGUGUGGACCACUACCCCAUCCUGGUGGCUGUUACCGGCAUCCUGGUUCGGAUCCUGGUGGACGGAGACAGACAGGGGUAAGUUACCCUUUAUUACCC